AUGUACUUUGACAAAGAGGUUCAGGCUGAAUAUCUCCAAGAUCAACCAAAUGCUCCGGUUCCCGUGCUCCUCAACGACGUUGUUUUUGCCGUCCACGCGCUCAUCCUUUCUCUAGUCUUCACAAUUCAGAUUUUCAUUUAUGAGCGUGGAUCUCAACGUGUCCAUCCGAUUUUGUGGUUUGGAGGAGUUGCUUUCAUGUUUGCGACGGCCUCAACCCUGACUCUCUGUGUUUUUGAUCUAAUCUCUCGACUUGAACUGGCCACUCUGUUCUCGUAUGUGAAGAUCGUUCUAACAGCUCCAGUAUACAUACCACAACUUUAUCUCAACUAUCGUCGAAAGAGUACAACAGGAUUUUCAAUGGAGGCUGUUGUGCUUGAUUUCGCGGGCGGAGUUCUCUCAUUGCUGCAAAUGGUUUGCCAAGCGUGGAACGUGGAUGAUUGGUCUAAUUUCGUCGGGAAUCCUGUGAAAUCCGGGCUCGCUUUGCUCACAAUUGUUUUGGAUUCCGGCUACUUCUUACAGCAUUUUUGUUUUUACCGACAUCAAAGUGAUGAAAUCACGAAAGCC